AUGUCUUCUGGAUCACGGUCCAUUUCAACGGAGCGUCAAUUUCUGACCGACUUUGUGAUCGCCAACGAGAAGUCAGCCGGCGGGCGGCUGGCGCGCUGGCUGUCGCCGGCGCCCUUCGUGGAGCCCGACAAGUGCGAGCUGAAGCCGCCCACCUCGCCCGCCCGGCCCUCCACGCGUUUGACCUUGCCCGUCAUCGUGCGGGACCAGUAUGGCGACCCAGUCGUGUCCCCUGCCCUCAAGGUCGAGGUGGUGGUGCAGCGCGUGGAGGAGGCGCCGCCGCGUGCGCCCGCGCCGACAGGGGGCGCGCGCGAGCCGCCCGGCGUGGCCUACCAGGCCACCAUGCGGGACAACAUGUGCUUCCACGCCAUCACCAUGAUGAAGGCGUACCAGAGCUACUCGUUCGAGGAGCUGCGGCUGGCGGACGGCGGCUGGGGCGCGCGCGCUGAGGCGGCGGCGGGGCGCGUGCCCGCCGAGCGGCUGCCCGUGCGCGCCGCGCCCGACGGCUCCUACCACGCCACCUGGACGCCGCGCGCGCCCGGCACCUACGUGUUCCGCUGCACGCUGGACGACCACCCCGCGCCGCACGUGAGUCCCCGCCACGCCGACGCUCCUGCUGCUCCAUCUCCUGGUCUCCUCCAUGAUCCCGCGCCGCGCCCGACGGCUCCUACCACGCCACCUGGACGCCGCGCGCGCCCGGCACCUACGUGUUCCGCUGCACGCUGGACGACCACCCCGCGCCGCACGGCCCGCGCCGCGCCCGACGGCUCCUACCACGCCACCUGGACGCCGCGCGCGCCCGGCACCUACGUGUUCCGCUGCACGCUGGACGACCACCCCGCGCCGCACGCCCGCGCCGCGCCCGACGGCUCCUACCACGCCACCUGGACGCCGCGCGCGCCCGGCACCUACGUGUUCCGCUGCACGCUGGACGACCACCCCGCGCCGCACGCCCGCGCCGCGCCCGACGGCUCCUACCACGCCACCUGGACGCCGCGCGCGCCCGGCACCUACGUGUUCCGCUGCACGCUGGACGACCACCCCGCGCCGCACGCCCGCGCCGCGCCCGACGGCUCCUACCACGCCACCUGGACGCCGCGCGCGCCCGGCACCUACGUGUUCCGCUGCACGCUGGACGACCACCCCGCGCCGCACGAGGUGACCAUCGAGAUGGGCGACGACCCGACGGAGGAGUGCGAGGAGCGCGGCGUGCAGGCGGACGGCGCGGCGUUCCCGCCGGCCAAGACGCGGCGCUUCAUCGCGCGCUACACUGCCGGGCUGCGCGUGCGCGCCAGCCCCAGCCUGCAGGCCGAGGAGGUGGGCAGCGUGCCGCCUGGUGGCACUGUUGCCUACGUCGAGGAGGUGACCAACAAGGACGGCACGUGGGUGCGGCUGAGCGAAGAGUCCGUGCGCACCUACACGGACACGGGUGCCGCGGUGGCGUGGUGCCUGCAGCACAACCGGCACAUCGACCGCGUGCUGCUCGUGCCCGUCGAGCCUUAUUCCUCGCCGCAGUCGGAGUAUAUGGGUGUAUGGAGCGGGUACUGGGAGACGCAAGGCGAGGUGCAGUGGCCGCAGGAAGAACCGGAAGACCUUGACGUUCCCGGAGCAGAAAUCCAACGCAUUGAUCGACGAUGUCCUCCUUCUAGCAGUCAAACUGAUCUGGUGAAUGAGGGCGAAACAGCUACCAUGCCUUUUGUGUACGCAUUCGAGCCCUCAAAGCGUGCUCGAGUUAUGCGCAAUGAAUCCACAUCAAUGCCGACCCCGAGACGAAUCCGACGGUCGAACGGCAACGCAGACGAGUACUGGUCGCCGAUGAAGACGCGCUCCAGCGACAACGUGCGCGACACCACCAUCGUCGAGGCAAGUCCCUCGCUUGCUACCCUCGCACUGAAUGUUGUCCAAUGGAGUAAUCCUGGAAUGACACUUUUUUCGACGGAGCUAGAGCCGGAGGAGCACGAGGCCGUUGGAGCGCGCCUCGCGCAGGCCGGCACUCAGACCUCGCCCGAGAGCGCGCUCUCGCUCGACGACGCGCCCAGCGCAGUACAUUUGUACCUCGCCGGGAACAAGGACGGGCGCUUAAGUCCGCGCGCGGCGGUUCGCGAGCGGUUGUCGGCUCGGCGACUAAAGCGAGCGUCGUCGCCGCCGCCGCUGCCAGCGCGCUCAGCGCCGCCGCCGCGCAAGCACGCGCUUAGCCCUGCGCAGGCCGAGUGUCUGCGUGCCAUCUUCGCCGCUUUGCUGUGGCAUGAGGGUACGUUGCACGACGCGAUCGCGUGCGCAGCGUUCCUGAAGUUUCACCCGCAGCUGCCUAAGCAGGGCGCGCGCGUCGUCACCCGCGCGCCGCACGACCACGCCGCGCGACACCAGCGCCACUCCGUUGAAGUUUCCAACGCUGCUGGUCAAUAUCUCAGCAUGCCGCCGGCCACCCUCGAGACGUUAACGCGUUCGGGCGAGGAAGCGAGCUCCAGCCGCGCUCGCAAGUCUGACAUUGACACGCCCAUCAACGAGGAAGACGCCGGGGAAGCAUCAACGUCCUCGGUUGUAAAUGUAUUGCCCCCUGCUCUGCGCGCUCUGGUCGCGUUGUGGGAUGCACUCUAUGACGCCAAGCAACUUAGAGUUGCAACUGAAAAGAUAAUAAAAGACAACUUUGAUAAAGAAGACGAUGAUCCACGACCUAUAAUCAAGGUUCGACAGAAGAAAGUGUGGCGGUCGAUUACUAAGACUCCGUAUUCGAUAAGCUGCGAGCUGUGCGGCGGCGCAGGAGUGCCGCCCCCGCUGGCGGCGCAUAUGCGGCACGCGCACCCGGGCUGCCGCGCGGCGUCCGUGCGCGGCUACGACCGCUCCGGCACCUACCGCCGCUGCGACACGCCGCAGGACGUCGUCGCCUCCGUGUGCGGACAGCUGGCGCAAGCGUGCCAACUGUGGUACACAUUCUGCGAGAGGUGCCGCGAGAAAGCUCUCAAAGCCGCUUCGUCCGUGAAGCAACCAAAGACCAAGUCGAUCUCGGAACUGAGCUACGAACGCGUCAUGUCCUCCGAGAUAGACCACCAGGUCAUCAGGGAGAACGCAAUGUUCUUGCUCGACCUGGCUCCACUGACCAAUUCAGAAUCGCUGAGCCGCAUGUCGCCGAUCCACGAGGGGCAGGUGCGCAGUCCGCCCACGCCGCCGGGCAGCGUGUGGCAGCCGGCGCCGCCCUUCCAGUGCCUGCCCGCCCUAGGGCUGGCGCCCAAGGCCGCCCUCGCCGCAGAGACCGCGCGCUACCACUCGCUGGGGCGCCCGCCGCCGUCAGCUGCGCAUGCCGUAAGUGAUGAGGCGAGCGGCUCCGGCGAAGGUCCCAAGGAGGCGGCGCCGCGCGUGCAGCGCUCCGUGUCCAUGGGACAAGCGGGCGCGCGCGACCUGGCCGCCGCGGCGCGCCGCUCGCACGAGCCGCUCGCAGCUAUCGAGCGAGACAUAGACCAGGACACGCUCUCAGGUACGGGUGUCGGCUCAUCCCUGCUGUCCCAGCCCAGCACGGCACUACAGAAGCUGGUCGGCUGCGGCGAGGACGCCGCCGAAGGCUGCACCGUCUCGGCCUUUGAGGCCCCACACGUUGACUCGGACGCGCUUAUGAAGCGUCCCGUACUGGAGUUCGUGCUAGCCCGAAGGGACCUGCACGCCUUCACACAGAAACUGGACGGAACCGUCAGGAUCAAUACUGUUCGACAGUAUGCUUUUGAGGCCCUGAACUGGCUGCUGCGCUCCACGACGCAGCCGACGUGCGUGCACGACGUGAUGUGGUGGUUCUGCAACGCCCUUGAGAAGUACGCCAACGCCGUGCCGCCGCCCGCCAGCGUGGACGACAACAAAGAGAACACCCGCAACGUGAUAAAGUUCCCGGCGGCGUCGAGCAUGUGCCCGGGCGGCACGUCGGCCCGCGGCGCUCGCACGGCCUUCCACGCGCUCCUGGGCUCGGUCAGCACGCUGGCGCCUUCGCUGCCGCCCGCCAGCGCUGCCGGGCUGCAAGCCGUGCGCUGCUGGGCGCUGCACUACGCGCCCGCCGACCGCGCCUUCCUGCACAGCAAAGUGCUGUCUCACUCGGACGACCCGAAUUUCGAGGAGGGAAUGUUGGGAGCUCUACACGACAGCUUCCACAGCUAUACUUACAAGAAUUACGUAUGGAGCUGUCCCGACGUGACGAGCUGGUGCGACAUUGCCGUGUCGUCACGGCAGGGGAUGGCGGGCGCCCUCACAGAUGGCAGCACUGAAACGUUCUGGGAGAGCGGCGAUGAGGAUCGCAACAAGGCUCGCUGGAUCGAGAUAACCUACCCUCCCGGCACCGCCGAGGACCGUCCACACAUUGUUUGUGUGCAUCUCGAUAACACCAGGGAUACUGUGAACAAGACAAUGCUGGCUUCGUUCCUGUACAGCAGCGGUUCCGAGGAGCUGGUACAUAUGCAAGACAUAGAAGUUGAUCCCAAAGUAGCGACUUGGCUCUGCUAUUCGUUGCCAAAGAUGCCGAGCAGUUCCGUGCGCGUGCGCUGCGAGCUUCGCGGCGCGGAGCCGGCGGUGCGCGUGCGGCAGGUGCGCGUGCUGAGCGCGCCCGCGCCCGCGCCCGCCGCCGCCGUCGCGCCCGCGCGCGUGCUGCACGCCGUCGCCGAGGCAGACGCGCUGCGCGUGUUCAGGCUGCUCACCUCGCAGGUGUUCGGCAAGCUCCUCGAGUGGGAGCGUAGCGAGCCGGGCGAGGCGGCGGCGGCGGAGGACCCGGCCGCCAACGACAGCGACCUGCGCGAGCACGUGGUCGGCAUCCUCUUCGCCGGACACAAGCUCACCUCGCUGCAGCGCCAGGUGAUGUCGCACAUAGUGACCGCCAUCGGCUACGAAGCGGCCCGCGUGCGCGACGACUGGGAGACGGCGCUGCUAUGCGCAGAGGCGGCUGAGCGCUCCGGUGAUGAGAUCACGCACAGGGCCAUCCCUCAACCUACUGUGGAUAACUACUGCUUCGAAAUGCUGGCUCUGCUGUUGGCUCUGAGCGGCAGUGCUGUGGGGUGCGCGCACCUGGCCCAGCGCACGGAACUGUUGGCAGACCUGCUAGCGCUGCUGCACACCGGCAGCGAGCGCGUGCAACGGCAGGUUAUUUCAUUACUCCGAAGAAUGAUAUCAGAAAUCAAGCCACAGAAAGCGCUUGUGGCCAUCAACUAUGGAAAUGAUUUGAGCACUCGCGUGACGUUACUGGACUACCUGCUGAGCUACCUCGGCAAAGCCAUCACGGUGCAGAUGAAGGUGAAGGGCGCCAGUGGGUCCAGCCCUGCCACGGUCACCAUGGGCUCCAGCGUCGCGUCCACGCCGCCCUCCACCUGGUUCCUGCGCGGGGAGACCUCCAAGAAGCACGCGCACCUGGUCGCCAAGCUGCUGGCUGAUAUGGCCGAGGAUAAAAUAUCAGCCGACUGGGGCCAGGAGACGCGCACCGCGCUUGCCAACUACGUGGGCGCGAUCGCGCAGAUCGCCGAGAGCGAGCGGCGGCCGGCGCGCUGCGUGUCCUCGCCCGCCAUGUGGAUGGCUCUCGCCGCGCUCUGCGUGUGCGAGCAGCCGCACAUCGACCUGAUCAACGGCACAGAAGGUCGCGAGUCGCGUCGCGAGCCAGAGGCCCGGCCGUUCUGCUCGAACCACGACGACGGCGCCACCGUAGCGGUGGUGGAGUGCCGCACAUGCGGCCCGCUGUGCGGCGAGUGCGACCGCUUCCUCCACCUCAACCGCGCCGCUCGCACGCAUCAACGUCAGAUCUGCAAAGAGGAGGAGAGUGCUAUCCGUGUAGACAUCCACGAGGGCUGCGGACGCGCGAAGCUGUUCUGGCUACUGCUGCUGGUUGACCGGCGCACGCUGAAGGCGCUGGCCGAGUUCCGCGGCAUGGACGCGGCCGAGGGCGACGAACUUGGCUACGCGGGCACGUAUUCCCGCGGCAUGGACGCGGCCGAGGGCGACGAACUCGGCUACGCGGGCACGUGUCGCUUCUGUGGAGCUCGUGGCAGCACCGGCCUGUUAGCUAUAGGGAACGUGUGCGCUGAUCAGCAGUGCCAGGAGCACGGGCGCGAGGCGUGCAACCGCGUGCUGAACUGCGGGCACAUGUGCGGCGGCGUGCGCUGCGAGCCGCUGUGCCUGCCGUGCCUGGCGGGCUGCGGCGCCGGCCGCUGCGCCGAGAACGCGCCGCUGCGCCAGGACGCCGACGACAUGUGCAUGAUCUGCUUCACCGAGCCGCUGCAGGCCGCGCCCGCCAUACAGCUGAAAUGCGGGCACGUGUUCCAUCUGCACUGCUGCAAGAAGGUCCUGAACAGCAAAUGGAUUGGUCCGCGAAUCACAUUCUCCUUCGCACAAUGCCCCAUCUGCAAGGAGGACAUGGACCACUGGACCCUCGAAGACCUGCUGGACCCGAUCCGGCGGCUGCAGGACGAGGUGCGGCGCAAGGCGCUGAUGCGGCUGGAGUACGAGGGCGCCGCCGUGCCGGGCGCGGCGCGAGGCCGGCCGGUGCUGGACCCCGCUGAAUACGCUAUGGAGCGCUACGCCUACUACGUGUGCCAUAAGUGCGAGCGGGCAUACUUCGGCGGUCUGGCGCGCUGCGAGGCAGAGACGAGCGGCUGGUGGGAGCCGUCGGAGCUGGUGUGCGGCGCGUGCAGCGACGUCGCCGGCGCGCGCACCUGCCCCAAGCACGGCGCCGACUUCCUCGAGUACAAGUGCCGCUACUGCUGCUCGGUGGCGGUGUUCUUCUGCUUCGGGACGUCGCACUUCUGCAACGCCUGUCACGACGACUUCCAGCGCGUCACCAACAUCCCCAAGAAUUCUUUGCCGCAAUGCCCGGCGGGUCCCAAAGGCGAGCAGCUGCCCGGCUCCUCCGAGGAGUGUCCUCUGCACGUGCAGCACCCGGCCACAGGCGAGGAGUUUGCGCUCGGCUGCGGCAUAUGCCGGCACUCGCAGGGCUUCUAAACCCGAGGGCCGCGACGCCCGGCCGGGCAAACCAGGCGCACUGCAGUCUUGCACUCGCUUAUAACAGCCUGGCUGGGCUAGUGCUGGUUGGUGUUUUCUUUCUGUUCCAUUUUGUCGUAUAAUUUUGAAUUAAUUUAAAUUAAACAUGUAGGAGUAGUGGCAAUAAGUCUAUAACAGAUUGUUUAUGACGAUUCACACUAAUUUGCAAUGUAUGUAUUUCCUUUUUAAAAUUACAUAAUUUCAUUUGCUUCGAUUAUGAAUGUUAAUCCUAAUUUGUGUUAAUAAAAUUGGUAUGUAUGCGCAUACAGACCACAUGGACGUACUAUAAAAAUAUUCCAAAUAUGACACAAACUCGAUUUUGAUACGAGCCUGGUGGCACUUAAUGUAUUGUGCCAUUGGGCAGCGACGUUAUACAAACCUAAGACCCCUACACGUCCACAUGGACGUCCUAAAAACAUUCCAAUAUUACAAAAACUCGAUUUUGACACGAGCCUGGUGGCACUUAAUGUAUUGUGCCAUAGGGCAGCGACGUUAUACAAACCUAAGACCCCUACACGUCCACAUGGGCGUCUUAAAAACAUUCCAAUAUGACAAAAACUCGAUUUUGACACGAGUCUGGUGGCACUAAUGUAUUGUGCAGUUAUUUCCGCAGUUUGGCACCUCACGUCACAUCAUUUUACCGAAGUCAGCCCUAUAGCUUCGGCGCAGUGCCGAUCACUGACGUUUGUCAACAAAAUGGUGCUUGACUCUUGAGACAGGCUAAAUUACACCAUAUU